UCUCUGUCAUUAUUCUUUUCACAACUUCUCUCUGGGUCAGCGGAAAGCAGCAAGCUCGCUCCUAACUUUCUAUAAAACGCACAUUCACAAUCACUUCCUUCCUUCCCAUUUUAUCAACAAAAGCAUAUACUGUUUCCUCCUUCAAAUAACUUCUUUCUUUCCUUCAGACUCAUCAUGGAGUUUGCCACCAGCAUUGCAGAGAACGUCUUGGGUAGGCUAGCUUCCUAUGCUUCCCAAGAGGUCUCCUUGGCAUGGGGUGCCCAACUUGAGCUCACCAAGCUCAACAAGACCUUUUCUACCAUCAAACUAGUGCUUCAGGAUGCAGAGAAGAAGCAAGUGAAGAAUCCCCUAAUCACUCGUUGGUUGGGAGAUCUCAAAGAUGUUUGCCAUGACAUUGACGAUGUCCUUGAUGAACUAGAGUUCCAAAAGCUGCGGAAGAAAGUUCUAGUCAACAACAGUGCGAGAGUCAAAGGACAGGUAUGCCAAUUUUUUUCGCGUUGGAAUCCAGUUGUGCUUAACUUCAAGUUGGGACAUAAAGUGAAAGAAAUUAGAGAACGACUAGUUGAAAUUGAAAAAGACAAGAGAGAGUUCUCUCUUGUUGAAGUUGCUGAGCAAGCCGAAGAUCAUCAUGCACCCCAACAAGUGCACGAUAACAGGAGGAUGACUAGCUCCAAAGUUGACGCUUCAAAAGUUAUUGGAAGAGAUGAUAAUAAAAAACAGAUUAUCAAGCAUCUCUUGAAUGACACUGAUUUCUCCAGUGAGGAGAAUGUUUCUGUUGUUUCCAUAAUUGGGUUAGGAGGGUUGGGGAAAACAACACUUGCUGAAUUGGUGUAUAAUGAUAGCAUGGUACAAGAAAAUUUUGAGAAAAAGAUGUGGAUAUGCGUCUCAGACAACUUUGAUAUUCAAGCAUUAAUUCGAGGUAUUACUAAUGCUGCAAAUGGACCAAAAUGUGAGGAUGAAAGUUUGGAUCUUAUGGAAAGAAAGUUGCAAGAUACUCUUAGGGGCAAAAAAAUUUUAUUGGUGUUGGAUGAUAUUUGGGAUACAGAGUUGAUUGGAGUAACAAUUAAAAAAUGGACUGAUUUAAAGCUUUUGUUAAAUGUGGGAGCUAAUGGAAGCAAAAUCAUCAUAACAACACGAAAUGAAUCAGUUGCUUUACUUGUGAGUUCCUUAUACAUGCAUUCUUUAAAAGGUCUUUCCCACAAUGAUUGCAUGUCCUUGUUCAUCCAAAGGGCGUUUAAAAUAGGAGAGGAGCAGCGCUAUAAGCAUUUGAUAGAAAUUGGAGAGGAUAUUGUGAAGAAGUGUGGAGGACUUCCUUUAGCAGUUGCAGCUAUAGGGGGCAUGCUCUAUUUGAAUAAAGAGCAACGUCAUUGGUCUAGUGUCAGAGAUGAUGACAUGUGGAGUAUAGGGAAUGACAAUAUUCUACCUGCACUCAAAUUGAGCUAUGAUGCAUUACCACAAAAGUUGAAACCAUGUUUUGCAUAUUGUUCACUUUUUCCAAAGGAUUAUGUAUUCGACUGUGAACAUUUGGUUCCAUUGUGGAUAUCACAAGGCUACCUUAAAACAUGCAAGAAAAAUGAAGAUUUGGAACAGAUGGGUUUAGAGUACGUAAGGGAGUUUUGUUCUAGAUCUUUGUUUCAAGUCGAUGUGGAUUGGAAAACAACCUUACGUAUUAAAAUACAUGAUCUAGUUCAUGAUUUAGCUAUUAAAGUGGCACAAGUAGAGUACUCCACAGUCAAUUUUCGUCCCUCUAGUGGCUUUGAAGUGUUUCGACAUGUGUCAAUAUUCAAAAAAGACUUGCUUGAAGAAGGGGCACAAGUUCCCGAUUUCAUGCUCAAGUCAAAGAAAUUACGAACCAUUCUAAUUCCUGAAGAGAAAUUACGAACCAUUCUAAUUCCUGAAGAUGGCCAGAUAAAUCAACGUUGUUUUGUGAAGACAUGCAUCUCAAGAUUCAAAUAUAUGCGGUUGCUAGGUCUGGAGGGGUUGCUUCUUGAUGAGCUACCAAGUUCCAUUGGUAGUUUGCUUCAUUUGAGAUUCCUCGACUUGUCUUUUAAUAGUAAGUUAAAAAGGCUUCCCAAUUCCAUCAGUAAGCUGCUGAAUUUGGAGUACUUGGACUUUGAGGAGUGCAACGCACUUGAGGAGAUACCCAAAGACAUAGGGAACCUGAUCAACCUACGAAGCCUGACGAUGACAACACAGCAAACGUAUUUGCCAGAAGGAAUUAGACGCCUCACCUCACUUCGAUAUUUAGGUUUUGUAGGAUGUGUCAAUCUUAAAUCUUUUGGCGAAGAGAUCGAAUUCCUCAACAACCUUCGCAAUUUGUGGAUUAACAGGUGUAAUAAUUUGGAAUGCUUGCUACCAAAUAUGAAACACAUGACCGCUUUAGAUUCUUUGUUCAUCGAAGAUUGCAAAAAGCUUCAGUUGAUGCUGAGAUCAGGGGAAGGUCCUCAAAGUCUUCGAUCAUUGGUUAUCUGGAAUUCAAGUUUGGAGGCUUUGCCCCCUUGGCUCACUGAAGAUUCUGCAGAUACUCUACAGAGCAUAGCACUUGAUCGAUGUCAUAAUCUCACGGCACUUCCGGAGUUGAUGAACUUCAAAUUCCUCGAGCAACUACGCAUUGAAGAAUGCUCCAAAUUGUCGGCUUUGCCGCAAGGGUUGCAUUGCCUUACUCAUUUGAGAGAACUGUACAUUGAAGACUGUCCUGAAUUGAGCAAAAGCUGCGUAAGGCAAUUAAAAGGUGAGGAGUUGUCGAAGAUGGGACGUCACGUGACGAUUACGCUAGACGCUGAUGAUGAAGAAGAUGAAGCCGACAAUCGCUUGGCCGACGGUAGGAUCAGGUACCACCCGCGACGACGCCAUUAGUCACCUCAAUUCCUCGUCUCCAGUGUGCUGAUUGAUGUAAUUGCUUGGUGAAGCUGGAGUAGGGGAGCAAGACUGAGCACUUAGAGGCUCAGAGUAUCCCUGCUGGGUUUGGAAUCAGAUCAGAGGAAGAAGAGGAUCGCUACCUACAAGGUGUACACAGUGGAGGGGAAGCUGAAAGGGACUCUCAGGAAGAGCUUCAGGUGGCUCAAGGAGACCUGUGAUAGAGUGGUCUAUGGCGGCUUGCAUUGGGUGAGUUUUUUGGGGUACAGCGGCCGACUGCAUUGUAACUACUGGAUUUUGAAAGCAUUAAAGUUGAAUUAGGAUUUACCUGAUUUCAGGAAAGAGAUCCAUCUACUGAUUUCAGGUUCCAUUUCCCUCUAUUCCUCUGUUGUUCUGCAGCUAAUUUCUUCCUAGUUUCCUCAUUCAGUUUGUGGCAUUUUCUUAGUUGGUUACUUUGGAUGAUUUACCUGACAGAGAUGCUGGAUUUAUUUCUUUGGAGAAUCUCUUGUUUUUAGCAAAUACAUUUUCGACUUCUUUCCAAUGCCUAUUGAACAAGCAAGGAGGAAAACUAGCUGCUUGGGAAUAUCCGUUUGUUCCAAUCAGGGUGCUUCAAAAUGAAGAAGUCCUGCACUGCUGUAUUGUUCGAGCUUGGAGUAGCUUGGAUUGGUCAAAGAUGGCACGUCAGGCGAAGACUACGCUCGACUCUUAUGUGGAUACUGAUGAUGAAGAAGACGAAGAUGAAGGCACACCAAUGAUCGACUGAAGAUGAAGGCACACCAAUGAUGAAGAUAAUGAAGCUGAAGGUCAAGAAGGAGCUUUCAAUGACAAUACCGAAUCAACCGCUACGUACUUUGGCUUUCCAGCAAAAGCAUGCGUGCCGCCGUUGGAGGUGCUUCAAAAUGAAGAAGUCCUGCACUGCUGUAUUGUUUACUGGUUUUGCGCUUGGAUCAUGUUCGAGCUUGGAAUUAGAGAGAUGUUGAUGAACUCAAAAGUGAUGUGUGAUAAAGCAAUGAGAUUGUUCGGGUAGCUUCAUUUGUGAUAGUUGUGUGAUUUCACUGUAUGAUAACCUAUAAGCCAGAAUGUUCCAAAAACUUGAGAAACGUAUAGUCAAAUUUGAAGCUGAUCAAACUUUCAAUUAUUAUAAUCAU